AGAGAAGAGUGUCCCGGGCUAAUCACGCCCCGCCAGGCAGCUGCGCAGCCUCUAGUCAGAGGAGGGAGAAGAGAGGUGAGCUCGUGGAAGAUGAAGUUUGUUUUGGGAAUUCAUCCUAACUCACUGGCAUAUUCCAUGACUACGUUAGGUGCUGGAAUGAUGAACAGCAUCUUCAAUUUCUACUACGUUAAACUGUUCCUAAAUCGAUACAAAAUUUCAGAAGUAGCAUUUCAUCAAGCACAGGUUGUCUUUAUGAUAUGGAAUGCCAUUAAUGAUCCUCUUUUUGGGUAUAUUCAAGGACAACUCAAAGUUUGCAUGCGCUCAAAACGCCAGUUUUCAAAUUUAUAUGGAGCUCCUUUAUAUGCAUUAGCCUUUUUGCUUCCUUGGUCCUGGAAACAUUUGAAAAGAAAGGGUGACUGGCUAAGUGGUCUUCACCUCAUCGUUGCCUUAUGUGCUUUUGAUGGUCUGCUUACCUUUGUGCUUCUAGCACAGUGUGCUCUCUUUGCAGAGAUUUUCAACAAGAUGAGAAGUAGACUUCAGCUUAUUAAAUAUAACCAAGUAGCAACAUUAAUCGGAUCAACAAGCAUUCUCUUUUGUGGGCUCAUUUCAGAUAAUAUGGAAAAUUUUCCUAUUUUUCAGGGCAUUCACUGUUUGGUAGCAGCAUUAGCAACAGCCUGCAUGUAUUACACAGGCAAAUACAGUACCAGUCAAUAUGACAGACGACGGAUUGUUAUGGAGAAUGCUAAUCUGGAACGUGGUGAUGGAGCUUCUGUCCUGGACCUCUGUAAUUCAUUGACCAAACAGAUUAUGACAGAGAAAAACUUUUUAUUUUUUGUAACAAUGAACUUCUUCCAAGUCUUCCACCUAGCCUUCUGCAACAAUUUUAUGAUGAUCUUUGCAGAUAGUCUUAUUCCUAAGGAUGUUCUUUCUUCCUCAAUAAGAAGUAUCAUGUAUGGAGCAGGAUUUAUUUGUCCUCAGUGCCUGGUUCUUCUCAGUCAUGCUUCAUUGAAGAAGUUUGGUUAUUACAGAAUCAUCUUGUUUUCCUUCUACUUUGAAGGAGUAGCUGCUGCUGUCAUGUUUGUUCUAGGGCCAGAACACUAUUAUCUAUUGGCACUUUAUCUCACCACAAACAUGGUAAUUGUACAAGCUUCAUUUAGUUUGUUCAAUUUGCCUUUGGCAGAUAUUGUUGAUGCAGAUUUAAUAAAGCACAAACGGAGAUCCCCACUUUCCUCUAUGGUUUUUGGUACCAAUGCUUUAUUUACCAAGCCUGCCCAAUCUUUGGCUCCAAUGCUUGUGGUUACAAUACUGAAUCAAUUUGGAUAUGAGAACCUGAAAAAUGAAAUUGCUCAACCUGAUCCAAGUUUGCUUUUAGGUCUUCACGAUGCCAUGUUCUAUUUCAUCUGUCUGGUUCCCCUUUGCAUUGCAGUCAUACAGAUCCUGAUGUGGACUCCUUUUCAUCCAGACAGUCCAUAUGACACCUGUACACUGAAUAUGUAAUGGUCAGUAAAUUUUCUGCUGAACUG